AAGGAACACAAGCACUGAUGGCUUUCGCAGGUGCAUGUGUAUGUUCAGCCUCAGCCACAACUGUUAGACACGUCUACACGUGCGUUCAGUGCUAGUGUUGUAUGUACAUGUACAUGUGUGUACGUGCACGAUAUUUCACAUCAGUCAUCGUCGUGCUUGUGUUUAACUUAUGUUGUAAUCUGGUGGUAAUAACAUGAGAAUAGAAAAGUGUUAUUUUUGUUCGUGUCCUGUAUAUCCAGGACAUGGAAUUCAGUUUGUAAGGAAUGAUAGCAAGGUUUUCCGAUUCUGCCGGUCAAAAUGUCACAAGGCUUUCAAGAAAAAGCGGAAUCCGCGUAAAGUGCGCUGGACCAAGGCUUUCCGGAAGGCUGCUGGAAAAGAAUUGGCCGUGGAUAAUUCAUUGGAGUUUGAGAAGAGAAGAAAUGUUCCUGUGAAAUACAGUCGAGAGUUGUGGAAGAAGACAAUCCUAGCCAUGGCCAGAGUGGAAGAGAUCAAGCAGAAGAGACAAGACCAAUUCAUUAUCAACAGACUGAAGAAGGGCAAGACGUUACGCAAGGAGCGAGACAUCAAGGAGGUGAAGGAGAGCAUCCAUCUCAUCAGGCCGCCUGCAGCAAACCUGCAGAAGAAAACAGAGGAGAGGUUGGCGCAGGUUAUUCCCGACACGAAUCCAGAGCAGAUGGAGACAGCGGAAUAAACCCUUCUCACACAGACCCGAGAAUUUGUAAGAGACAAGUGCAUUUGACCAUGUUCACCACUUUAAUACCACCAAGCAAGCAGUAACAUGGUAACCAAAUCACGAUUUAAAAUUGUUUGGGGGGGGUUCAACUUCAGGUGUUAAGUGAUAGAAUGGAGUGAAAUAUAAUGUAAAGUCACAAUUUCUGGGCAGUCUUUGGACACAAUCGGCCAUAGUCUAUACUGGGAAUAUAAUUGUUUCAACAGCAUGCAGGCAGGAUUAUUGAACUGAGACUCACAGAAGGUAACAUCAGUCAGACAUCAGUCAUCUGGACUGUUUGAAUUGUUUUUUUUAUUUCAGCUUAUGGAGGACAGAUGAAAUUGAGACUUGUUCUUUUCUACACUUGCCUCCAGUUAUGAUCAAUUUCACUUUAACAGUUUGUGAGAUGAAAAAUGAAAUGAUUCCAGCCUUAAUUUAAUUUACAUUCUAUUUGUGUUGUGAUCAAUGGGUAAAGAUUAAUUCCCUAGAGCAAGCAACCCGUGCUCUGUUAUGAAUACAGGGGCAGGAAGCAUUCAAAAUGGAACUGUAUCAAGACUGAACACCCCAGUGUUUUUCUAGUUUAGUCUUGGGUUCUGAGGCAUUAGUUUUAUUGGUUGGGGCAAUGAAAGUGUUUACUGCCCAGUCUGGUAGUGGACUGCGUGUUAGUGAGAAGCGACACGUAGAUGUUGUUUGAGGUGAUAUAUUUCUUAAACACGAAUGCAAUUUGUGCAGUUUUAUCUGUUUAUUGUAAAACAGGGGGCACUCAUUGUUAAUUCUUUCGUAAGGCAGCGUUGUAAUGUUAGAAUAAGUAUGUCAUCCGUGUUGAAACGAGGCGACUUGGAAAGGAAAGUUUAUAAUCCUGUGAGUGAGGCUUUCUAGAAAAAAAAACUCAAUCAGGCUGGGAUUCUGAUGCUGUCCCUUUUGCUGUAACCUUUGUUUUCUUCCCCUAACCCUGAAAGAGCCGGGGGGGGUUGGAAUCUGCCCCCUCAACAUUUUCUGCCAUAUCAUUGCAGUGCAUGUUUUUUCACAUGCCGAACCGUACCAAGUUUAUUCACUAACGUUUUUUGGUGAAAGCAGAACGUGCACAACACCCGUUGAGCCGAGACAGGUCAGCCAAAGGUGUAUAGUUUGUCCACUGACACAGUCGGUGCAUGCAUGCGAACGCACAGGUGGCUAUGAACUUCAAAUGACCACAACAAUAAAGUCAUUUGUCGGAGUGAGUUCAAACUAAACAGCCACACUGAUGAGUGUCUUCACAUGUGUUCAAAGCUCUUAGGGGGCUGAAGCCACUCCCCCCCCCCCGCACGGCUGUGAGGUUGUCCCAAAAAUUUGCUUCUUUUAGGAUUAUAGAAGAGGGAGAGAAACCAAGAAAAUGGUAACUUACUUCACUGACCUAACAGUCAACAUUUGCAUAACAGUGUAGAAGCGUUGUAUAUGGUUUCAUUGCCUGGUGUCAUUGGCCAUUUUUUCUAAAGUAGAAAUAAUAACUACAUGUACAAACAUCAGUAUUUGUUUACACAUGUUACAUUAAAUCUCAAGACCCGUAACUCGUUGCUUUCUGUGGAUUUUUUGUUUCAUGAAGUACCUGCGAAUUGCAGCCUAACCGUUUAUGUAAGAGCGACUGGAUUGGUCACUCAAACCCUCCGCUACGCUGAAGCUGAAGAGGCAUAUAAACGCAGGAAAAGUCUCCUCCUCCGCGGGAAAGGUGUUUUUGUUGUGGCAGAAAAAGAUGAAAUUGACAGUCGAAACGCAUUGCCGAAGAACCUAAAGCCCUGUAAAACUUCGCCUGUCCUUCUUUUGUGGCCAUAAUUUAUUAUCGUUCCAGCAAACGACGUUAGUGUGACAACGGGCUUACGUGACGCGUCAACGGGCAAUUUGAGUUGACUUGAAUGCAGGGCAAGGCACGCGGAUGACUUGGUAAAUGGCCGAGUUGACCGACCCCCCCCCCCCGAAUUAUAUGUACUUGGUUGCAUCUGGAUAUAAUCAGAGGUAUAUGGAGAGAGUUGCACCAGCUUUAGGUUUGGGAAACAGACUUACAGAGCGUGUAUAUACCGGUAUACCAACUAUCCAAGUACACUGGCGCAUACACCUGCCAGUUUCUUUAUAACAGUGGUGACACUUAGAUCACAACUCCCUCUCUAUUUGGCUUUGAAUAUAAUGGAUACAGACGCGGAUAAAGAAUGGACAGAAAAGCGAACAAUAGCAUGGAAAAUUUGAGGCACCUUGUUCCUAUAAUAUUCUUGACCGGAGCCUGCAGCUUGUCUGCAACCUGGCAUCUGUAUUAAAAGUACAUAGACAAAGACCCGUGUUCGAAUGACUUGGCUGCGGUUUGAAUUACACACGACGGACAGCAGCCACUUCCCACAAUGUCAUAUGUAAUUCAAUCCACAGCCUAAUAGUUCGGACACGGACCAAGACUGUCGUGGGCCGCGACCGACUUGCUUGUCUGGUGUCUGCCGACUCUUGAAAUUACAUGUGAACAUUAAUAUAGUUCUGGCCAGGUAUGGGCAUAUAGCGUAGCGCCCUCAUGGAGUGGAUCCUUAUUUAAAUAAUAAAUGAAUGAAUAAUAAAAAUAUGUAUCAAUCCUUGAUAAUUGAUGAACGUUA